AUGCCUGGUGGAGGAGCUCAGGAAAACAAAGGGUCAGCCACUGAUCCCACCUUCAUCCUUAGCUGUGCACCAUGCAAUGUGAUCUGCUCUAUCCUCUUCCGUGACCGAUUCAAGUACAAUUAUCUGAUGAACUUGUUAAAUGAAAACUUCCGCCUCGUUAAUGAACCAUGGAUACAGCUCUACAACUUUUUACCAGCAUUCGGAACAUACCUCCCUGGAGAGCACAAAAGAAUUUUUAACAUUAAUGAGGAACUUAAAGAUUUCAUUUUGGAAAGAGUGAAAGAGCAUCAGAAGGUCCUGGACCCCAACAACCUCAGACACAUUGACUGCUACCUCUCCAAAAUGCAGCAGGAGAAAGAUAAUCCCCAGUCUCAAUUUGACUUGGAAAAUCUAAAAGUGAUAGGAAGAGAUUUAUUUACUGCAGGAACAGUGACAACGCACAGCACCGUAAGAUAUGGCCUGCUGCUCAUUCUGAAACAUCCUGAGGUCCAAGCAAAAAUUCAUGAGGAAAUUGGACGUGUGAUUGGACAUAAUCGACUUCCUUCCAUAAAGGACAGACAAGAUAUGCCCUAUAUGGAUGCUGUGGUGCAUGAAGUGCAAAGAUUCAUUGACCUCAUACCUCUCAACGUACCCCAUGCAGUGAACCGGGACAUCCAUUUCCAACAAUAUAUCCUCCCCCAAAGUCAGUAGUCUUGGGAGAAUGGGAUCUUAAACACAAUUUAUUCCAAUGAUAUCAUCAUGGACAUGAGAAAAUGGAGUCCCAUUGUCAUGAUCUCACUUAAAGUUCUCCUUGAGGCAGUGCUUUAUUACAUACAGUCUACUUGCAUGUGGUGCUAAAUGAAGAAUAAGAGAAAAGUGUGCCCUUAUCUCUGUUCUUCCUGCUUCUCAUUCACCACAGUAAUGCUCUGGAAAGAAAAUGUACAGGGAACGUAACAGGGUGAGGUUGCUCAAGAGAAAUGUUUUUGUCCUUUUCUCUUACUAGGCAGUGAAGCAGAAUGUAUAAAUACUAUUAUCUGUCCCAUUGUGUAGAUAGGGACAUUGAUUUUCAGGUGUAAUGACUUCCCUAAGAUCAUUUAAGUGUUGGAGAUGAGACUUGAACCUAGGUCUUUAGACUCUAAAAUACUGCUUUCCGGGGUUGCUAAAUAAACUGUGAAUGAAUUAAAAUGAA